GGAUCUCACAAAGUCGCUGAAGAAGAUGUUCAACGAACAAGAUGGCGGACUUUCGUUAAUCGUUUAGGUUUGUUUUUGGCGCCUUGCGGAUAUAAUUCGCCUUCAUUCGCACGUCCAACUGCACUGCAGCGAUAUUCGUUGCCCUGUCGCAAUGUUCAAGAAAGCGAAAAGGUGCAAUUUCAGACGCCGGAACGAUUCUGACGAGGAAGAAAAAGACGAGGUCCAGGAUGAGGCGAGUGUGGAGGUGCUGCAGCCGUGCGGGCCUGCGGGGGACAGCGCACACACACCCGCCGUAGACAAGCUUAUAGCACUUCAUACUCUAAACAGCCACGGAAACGGAGUUCCACCAGGAGCCAUGAAGCUUCCCAAAGACAAGAAAAAGAAAAAGGAAUGUCGAGAAGAGCCUAAAGCCAGCUUACUGAGCUUCAACGACGAAGAAGAUGAAACUGAAGUGUUCAGAGUGAAGAAAUCCUAUCACAGUAAGAAGAUUGUCAAACAACUCAAAAAGGAGUACAGAGAGGAAAAGAGCACUCAUGUUGUGCAGGAACCAACUCGCCUUGAUGGUGUUCAGUCUCUGUCUGGUACUGGUGUUAAAGAGGAGGCGGUGGACAGCAGAGGCAGCAGUGAACAAGGUGAAGGUGAGAUGGAGGUGGACAGUAAUGAGGAACAGGAUGAUGAGGGUGACCCCCGGCAGGCAGGGAACUUCUCUCAGACACUUUCUGCGCUCAGCUCCCUCAGACCAGGUGAGAUCCCAGAUGCAGCCUUCAUUCACGCGGCCCGUAAACGCCGACAGAUGGCACGGGAGCUUGGUGGCGAUGCACCACUUGUGGAGACGGAAGUGUCAGGUAAACGUCUGGUCCAUGAGGAUGAGCAAGGUGGAAGUGACGAAGAUGAGAAGAGGAUCGUGUUCAGCGGUGUCAAGCAGAAGAGCCAGCGUCAGAAAAUAGCAGAGGAAAUUGGUAUUGAGUGCAGUGAUGAUGAAGCCUUGAAUACUGAAGGGAAUGACGAGGAAGUCAGUCGAUGGGAGCAGGAGCAGAUCCGGAAAGGCAUUAGCAUCCCUCAGGUCCAAACCAGUCAGCCAUCGGAAGCAAACGUGUAUUACCAAACUGGCUACGAGAACCAGCAGUACGCAGCAUCAUAUAGCAUGCCAUACGGAUACAGUGCACUCGGAACAGAAAGUGUAAAACCUGUGAAAGUGGAAAACACUGUUCCUUACCCAGUCCCUAGCAGCAGCCUUACUCCAGUCACUACAGCUCUGGUAAAGAAACGGCUUAUGGACAGGCUAAGCUCCAUGCGCCAGGGCCGCGAUGCCAGUGCCCGGCGCUACGAGCAGAUCCAAGACGAGCUGCAGGCUUCUGAAAACAGCAUCCUGCAGCUGGAGGACUCCUCGCAGCAUGCUGCUGAGCAGUAUAAAUUCUUGCAAGAAAUGCGAGGGUAUGUUCGAGACUUGCUUGAGUGUUUCAGUGAAAAGGUGCCUGCUGUUCUGGAGCUGGAAGCUGCAAUGCACCAGUUACUAAGGCAACGGGCGGCGCGGCGGGUCCAGAGAAGACAGGAUGAUAUUAAAGAUGAAUCAGCGGAGUUUUCGAGCCUUUCAAGUAAGGCUGUUAUGGCCCCAAAUCUGGACCCUUUUGGCAGAGACCGUGCAGCCUAUCAGGAGCUCAGCAGGCAGAGGAGGGUAGCAGAACGUGAGGCCAGGAGAGCUCGCCGCAGACAAGCACGUGAACAGAAUGGGGCAAGGGCUGAACAUAAGGAGGGACUGUCCAGCGAUGAUGAGGAGACCUCCACCGACAUAACAAGCUUUAACUUAGAGAGAGAUCGUAUUUUAAAAGAAUCAAAGAAGGUGUUUGAGGAUGUCGUCGACGAUUUCCAUUCAAUAGAUUGCAUCAAGUCUCGGUUUGAGGUGUGGAAGAAUCUUUACUUCACGUCUUACAGAGAUGCUUACAUCGGUCAGUGCCUGCCUAAACUUUUCAACCCACUGAUCCGACUUCAGCUAAUCCCGUGGUCGCCUCUGGAGGAUGGAAAUCCGAACUUUGAGUACAUGCUCUGGUUUGAGACGCUGCUGUUCUACGGCUAUGAGGAGCAGAGCACUGAGCACCAGGAAGACAUUGACAGCGGUCUCCUGCCUGCUAUCGUUGAGAGAGUGGUACUCCCCAAACUUGCAGUGCUAACGGAGCAGGUGUGGGAUCCAUUGUCUCACAGUGAGACUUGCAGGCUGGUUUCCUUCAUGCUGCGCCUAAUAAAGGGCUACCCUACCAUUUUGCAUGGAGACAACCGCAACACGCAGGAGCUGCUCAGGACAAUCGUCGUGCGCACACGACGGGCGUUAGAUGAGGACAUCUUCAUGCCACUCUUUCCAAAAACUGUCAUGGAAAACAAGAAUUCAAGUCCUUAUCUCUUCUUCCAAAGGCAGUUCUGGUCCUGUGUGAAGCUCUUGGGAAACAUCCUUCAAUGGGAUGGCAUCCUGUCUCAAAACUGUCUAAAAGAGCUUGCUGUCGACAGCACACUGAAUCGCUAUAUUCUGUCUGCACUACAGUCAACGGAUAUUGGGGAGGACAGCGUGGAGAAAUGCAAGAAGGUGGUGGAGAGUUUUCCCGUGCAGUGGUUCAGCAGUCUGAAAGGUCAACAGACUCUGCCACAGUUGGAGAACUUAUGCCGCUACAUGAAGCACACGGCCAGUUCACUGUAUCGUAGCAGCCUCACCGCUUCUGAUGUGGACAAGAGGAUAUCAAGGGAGCAGAUUAAGGAAGUGGUGAAGCUUCUGGGUCGACUCAAUGCUUUGGAUCACGUGAUUGCUGUCGCUUCAGAGCAUGGAAUUAAAGACAUUAAGACCUUGCUGGAGAGUAAAUGAGCGAGAACUAAUUUGAGAAGCCCUGGUUCAAAAUGACUUAUGACUGGCCUUUGGGGUGCAAUGUGUAUAAAUUGUGGAUACUGUACAUGCCUAUGCUUUGAAUUUUUUUUGAUCCGUUGAUAUACACGCACACAUUACUGCACAAAGACAUUCUGUGAUGUAAAAAAAAAUCCACCUUCAAUGUGAAAUUAAAUUAUAUACAGUUUAAGCAUUUUAGGGGUUAAUAACAAAAAUAAAAUUUGUACAACCUGAUUGUAUAAGUGUACACACCCCUAAAUUAAUAUUUUCUCGAUGUACCUUUUGUUUUUAUUUCACCACUCAGUCUUUUGGGGUAAGAGUCUAUCACUGUGGCACAUCUUGACUUGCCAAUAUAUUUCAACUCUUCUUGCAAAACAUUUAGUAGUGUGGGUAUAUACUGUGCAUAGUCCAGUGUACUGUCCACUUCAGAUCACCCCACAGGCUUUUUUUGGUUAAUGCUUUUCUUUGUUGAUUGAGAGAUAUGUUUUGGGUCUUCAUGAUAAAUUCUUUUUUUAACUUCAGCUUACUAGCCGACACCUGAUGGUUGAUUUCCUCCAGCUUGAUAAAAGCCUCACUUCUGGCUGAAGAAUGAUGCUGUUUUUGGUGAUCUGCUUUUAUUUGCACCAAAUGUUUUGAGUUAUGGAAUUAUUAUACCUUUUGAAAUUGUUGUCAACAAACCAUAACACAUCUUGCCACACAGUUUUGCGUGAUUAUGUUGAGCUUCGGAUUUUGUCUCCCAUUCCUACAGCUCAGUUAAUUUUGCCAUAGGUAAGUUUUUGUGCUUUAAUUCAUUUUGCAAUGGCAUCUUGGUCUUGCUGACAUUGCUGAUGUGCUCCAUUUUCUCUGUUGGUGAUGACCUUUACAGUGUUCCGUGGUAAAUAUAAUGUUUUGGAAAUUAUUCUUCUAUCCUUUUCCUGAUCAAACCUUUAAACAAAUGAGACACCUUCAUGCUUUGUAGGCUUUUUCGGAACCAUGGCAUUAGCGGUCGGAUGAAGCCAAGAUGAUGUGAAGUCGUCCUGCAGAAACAGCAGAUCUUUGGUGUUAAUCAAAAUAUUUUCCUUUAAAGCACUAUAUGAUAAUUACUUUUGAACACUGUUCAUUCUUAACAUAGCCACAUCCCCAAUUCUAUAAAGGUGUGCACAGUUGCCAUGCAACUUUUUAUUUUCACCUAAAAUGUUUGUUUUUCUCUAAAUUUAAGAGAUGUUAUUUCACAUUGAGGAUGGAAAGGGUUCUUACAUGACUUGGAUCAUGAUUAUUCUGGUUGUUUUUUAUGUCACAACUUACCAUUCUAACAGGGUUGUGUAGAUUUUUAUAUACAUUGUACAUGAGAACUUAAUUUAACGUGUUUGCAGGUUGGCUUCAGUCUGCAGUGAAAUGUUUUAACUUUCAUAUUUGUGGAUGUUUCAUCCAAUUCAUUUGCUUAGACCCAGAUUUAGUUUCAUUCCAGUCAAUCAGCAACUUUUUAAACCUGUCAGUAAAAUGUAAUAUCAUCUGCAGUUUGGAUGCAGCUUGGCUGUAGAAAUAGCACUUGUGCCUUUUGUUUGCAUGGCGUACAUAAAUCUGCAUAAUUCACCUCAGUUUGUAAUGUUAAAUAUUUUGUGUGUUUUUAAAAUUAUUUUUUUGAUCGUUUUAUUAACAAGAAUAAAAAUCAGUUUCUCUUGAA